UUCACUAUUUCUUGACUAUAUUGACCACACAUUGCCACCUCAAAUCAAUCUUAUUGCAUGUUAUUGCUCGUUCUUACUUGGUACCAUAUUUUAUCCCUGUAGCUCCUAGAGUGCUUGUGUGUAAAACUGACGACUUUGGCUGUGAUGGUCUUGGACGAACUUGUCAAGCAAGGUUCAUCUGGCUCUGCUUCAUCCACCAACAAAAAAUUGUCUCCUCCUACAAAGGUUGACCAUACCACUUUGACAAUUUCUGCAAGAAUGAUUCUUGAUAUUAUGUUGGAGUAUCUUGGGAUUCCUAAAGCUAUUUAUCAGAGAAGGAUCUACUCGCAGAACACAAUAUCUGUCACUAUGCUUUUCUAUACCUCUACUCACAGCGCUGGUGCUUCUCCAUCACAAAUGAUUAUUACAGGGGUUCGAUCUGCCAACGAAGAGAUAGCAGAGGAUUCCGCUGCGGUGGAGGCUUUAGAUACAUGGAACGCGCUACAGGUGUUGUUGUGAAGGACCUAAGUUAUGGACAACUAGAGAAAAUGCAACAAGAGAAUGGUUUUCUAAAACUUCAACUUGAUGAAGCUUUUGACAUGAUCAACAAGCUAGUCAGGCUUUGUAUGCUUGCUGUUAGAUACAUGCCCUCCUUCUCAAACCAGCUCCAGAAUGUCAUGGAAAUUGGCUUUCCUCCCACACAUCUUGGAAAUUGGCAUUUCUACACACUUCCAACCAGAGCCCUCUAGGGUUUCCUUUCGCCGCCAUGCGCGGCUGCGAGCGAUGCAGGCUGUACGAGAAGCAUCUCCCGGAGGUACACGGUCACACAAAGACCACGACCUCGGCAGCCACCUCGGCGAAACUCGGCCGCCACCAGAUCCGCAAGAAACGAACACACCGACGCCGGCAACAUGCUCCGGUUGCACUCAACGACGCCAUCAAC